AUACAUGCAUAUGAUUAUAAAGUACAUGGAUUUUGCUUUGAUAUAGCAGUAAUUAAACUUGAUUGUUAGUAGAGUUAGUAAUUGAUAACUCUUGGCAUUCUUGGAGCCAUAUUUUGAUUUCAUUUCUCUACGUGUUUUUUUGAGGGUAUCAUAACAAUAGGAUCUAUUAGGGUCUAUCCUAUUUGUUCUUUAACCUCUAUAAGGCCCAAUGCGUUUGAGGCUCUCCUUGUUGGUACGGAGGUCAUAGAAUAUAGUGGGAAAAUAUUUAUUUAGCUGUUGAGUCUUGUUUGUAUUUCUGUCAGUGUACUUAAUCUGUAUCUAUAUUGUUGUUUGUUUAAAAGUCCUGUAUCCAUAUAUCUGUAUUUCUCCUGUCACAUUUCUACUUUUUAUUAAUUUCUUUAAAAGCAGACUGUGUUGUUCUCUAUAUUGUUUCUGUGUUUGUCCUUUUACUUAUACUGUACAUAUAUUUCUUUCUUUUACUAAUUUACAUUUUUUACUAUUUUACUUCGGCACAACAGCACACAUGUAUAACAUAUGUUGAUAUUUAUGACUAUUGAAUUUGAAUAGUUUAUAAUUGAGUAACUAAUGAGUAAAUUUUGAUCUAGAUCGAUACAUUUGUUUGACAAUUCUCAUUACAUUCUGUCAUUACAUUAUAACCAUUGAUUGAAAUUUUUUAUUAUUGUAUAAUACACACAUGUAAAAUAAUUGACACACACUGUAUUAAUAAGCAUAACACAGUACAUUCUUCCUCACUUAAUUAACUAAUUAUUUUGAGCACACUAAGCAUUAAACAUGUCUUCCUAUGACAAAAUUUUAGAACUAGUGAAAGUCAUGGAACUAGAAGGGGAUGAGAAAAAGGAAUUUAUCAAAAAAGAAUUAGAAAAGGCUGAAAAGAGAGAAAGGGAGGAAAGAGAUAGGGCUGAUAAAGAAAAAGAUAGAAUAGAAAAGGAUAAAGAUAGGGAAGAAAGAGCUGCUGAAAGAGCUCAUCAAAAAGAAUUAAAAGAACUAGAAACUAAACAAAGAGAAAGCCAGGACAAAGUAGAGUUAGCCAAACUAGAAGCUGCCAAAACAAAUCCCAACAUUAUAACCCAACAGUCUACAACAAAGCCAUUCAUCUCUAAAUUCCAUAAAUACAAUUCAAAAGAUGAAACACUUGAAAACUAUUUAGUCCAAUUUGAGCAUAUUGCCUCAACUUAUAAUCUUAACAAUGAGGACAUGGCCAAACACCUACUAGCAAACUUGUCGGGAGAACCCCUCAACAUCAUUUCCACUUUAACUGUAGACCAAAAGAAAGACUAUGCGGCAGUAAAGACUAGAUUACUAGAGCACUUCGGGAAAAAUUCAGACUUCUAUCGUAAGCUGUUCAGGGACACUAAAUUGAAAAAAGAUGGGGACUUUAAUAGAAUAAUAUUCGACAUGAGGACUAAUAUGAUAAAAUGGUUAGAGCUAGCAAAAUGUGACAUCAAGGACCCGACACAAAUCCUAGACAUGCUACUUAUUGACAAUGUCCUCAACAACGUGACAGACUUGGUAUUUACUUUCCUUAAAGAAAAAAAGAUCAAGACAGAGACUGAACUGAUAACGAAUCUAAAUUUAUUUAAAGACAGUCACCCUGGACACACCAUUGACAAAAGAGAGCUAUACCAACUUGCAGCCACAGCAACAACAUCCAACAACAACAACAAUGAUAAAUACAAAUGGUCUAACACCAAGACUUGUUUCAAUUGUGGGAGAAGAGGUCACGUGAAAAACCAAUGCAAAGCUCCUAUAAACUACAAUAACAAUUAUAGGUACAGAAGCUACACUAAUUUCUACAACCCAAACAGCUAUAAGCACAAUAAUAAUUACAAUAAUAGACCAUAUAGACCACACCAGAGUGCAAGUCCCAAUGAAAGAAGAAAUUUUACAAACAGUUACAAACACAAUAACUAUAAUAGAAACAACAGACAAUCUAGAAGGGACCAAUUUAACUACCACACAAACAACCACCCAAACAACUACAAUAGCGGAAAUAGAAACAAUAGAAACAACAAUGGCAAUAACACCAACACCCAUAGAGAGGAAAAUGUAGCCUAUAUGCAAUCAAAUAAGUCCAAAAUAAAAGUCUUUCCAUCCUAUGUCAAUUCUAAAGAAGUAGGAUCAAUUCGUGACAGUGGAGCCACGGCAAUAAUAGUUAAAGCCUCUUUAGUUGAACCAGGACAGUAUCUGGAAGUUACAGUAAAAGUGACCUAUGCAAACAUACAAAAAUUUGAUAUUUGCAAGACCGCUAAAGUCCUAAUAGAAUCACCCUGUAUUACAGGAGAACUAGAAGCCAUAGUCAUGGACACCCCAGCACAAGAUCUAAUAAUAGGCAAUGUAGAAGGUGUAAAAGAUCCAACACUAGAAGAAGUUAUGCAAUGGGCGGAAGAUAGACAAAAGUAUUCCCUAUUCAAGCAUGAGGCAUUAUUAGUUGAAACCAGAUCACACAAAAAAAUAACACCAGAAAUAGAAUGCCCCACUGUAUUACUUAAUGAAAUAGGCAUAACUAGGGAGGAACUAAUAGCUAUGCAGAAAAAUGACACCACAAUACAAGACCUCUUAAGCAAAGAUUAUAACAAGAUAAAUUUAAAUAACCACCUUAUAGAAAUUAACAACUUAGCCAUUAGAUACAACAGGAAAGAAAACUGUACUAGACUUCAAAUCCUGAUCCCUAUAACUUUAAGAGCUAAAAUAUUAAAUAUGGCACAUGAUGACCCCACAGCAGGACACUUAGGAAAAAAAAAAGUAUAUACUAAGAUAGCCAACAAAUUCUUCUGGCCAAAGAUGGGAAAGGACAUUAAGAACUAUGUAAACAGUUGCACAAAAUGUGCCAAACAAAAAACAGUGACUAGAGCCCCAUUAGAAAAAUCAGAUAAAUCUCACUAUUUUUGGGACAAAAUUGCCAUGGACAUAAUGGGACCCCUAACUACCAGCAGUAAAGGGAAUAAAUAUAUUUUGGGUAUCAUUGACAUGUCCACUAGAUGGGCAGAGGCAUUUCCUCUAAAAGAUAUAAAGGCUAUUGACAUAUGUAAUUGUUUAAAAACACUUUUUCUUAAAUUUGGAUUCCCUAAUAAGUUACUGUCAGACAAUGCAUCAAACUUUAAGUCCCACCUUAACCAGGCAUUUGCAGAAAUGACUAACAUCCACCUCGUCCAUAGCACUAUCUACUCACCACAGGGAAAUGGAGUCAUAGAGAAAUGGAACAGAACUGUAAAACAGAUGAUAUAUAAGCUAGAAAGAGACUCAAUGAGUACCUGGGACCAGACUCUUAGCUAUGCUAUAUUUGCCUACAACACUAGCAUCCAUGAAACCACCAAAUUCAGCCCCUAUGAGCUUGUAUUUAACAGAAAACCUAAAGGACCAUUAGAGUUAUGGGCCGACAACAUGUUAAACUUAGAGAACAUAGAACAGUACCAUCCUUGGAUAAUUCAGACCAAACAACAGCUUAGACAAGGAAUAAAACUAGCAGAGAUAAACAUGGACAAAAAUCUAGAAAGGCAUAGGAAAAUAAAAAACAGAAAUAGAAAACUAAGAACACUAAAUGUAGGUGACCAAGUUUUUGUUAAGAUAGAAAACAAACACUGUAAAGAUAAGAAUGAGGGACCAUUUAAAGUUAUAGAGAGAAUUAAUAACAAAGUGUACAUCAUUGAUAAAGAUGGUAGAGAAUGCAAACUCAAUAUUGAUAAACUUGUUAAAUUGGAUAAGAGACAAAUAACUGACACAGAUAUAAUUGAACUUGAUGUAGAAACCAAACACAACAUACAAGAACAUAUAGCAAGCACCAUAAACACCACACACAACAGUAGUCCAAAUAUUGAAAAUGAUAUGUUACAGAAUUUGACAGUUAAAUAUAGUGAUGUAAUUACACAAAAGCUAGGAUGUACCAAUCUGAUAGAACACACAAUAAAACUCAACAAAGCACUACCAACUAAGACAAAAGCCUAUAGUAUCCCCAAAGCAUACGAGGACCUAGUUAGAACAGAAAUGACCAACUUAAUCAAAGAUGGGAAGAUAGAGAGAUCAGAAACAUGUAAAUAUGCAUCACCCAUGGUCAUUGUAAAAAAGAAAGACAGUGGCGUAAGAAUCUGCUGUGACUUUAGAGAAAUAAACAAAUGCACAAUCAUAGACCCAGAACCCCACUGACAGUAUAAUUACAACUUUAAGUAAAUCAUCCCUAUUCACAACAAUGGACUUAAACAGAGGCUUCUGGCAGAUUAAAAUGGACCCUGACUCUAAGGAAUAUACUGCAUUCAAAUGCACUAUGCCAGGCCUAGAAGGUAUCUAUGUCUGGAAUGUCAUGCCAUUCGGCUUAAUAAAUAGUACAGCCACAUUUCAGAAAUGCAUGUCAAAAUUAUUAGAAGGCAUAAAUAAUGUAUUGUCUUAUGUAGAUGACAUUUGUGUUUUCACCAACUCACAACAGGAACACAUUCAUGUACUAGAGCAAAUAUUUUCAAGACUAAGAACACACAACAUGACAUUAGCCCCCAAGAAAUUAAACCUAGCCAAGCCUGAAAUCCAAUUCUUAGGAUAUUGCAUUACCAAUGACAAAAUCACACCCACUGAAACAAACCUAACAAAGAUUAAAAACAUAAAAGAACCUAGGACUAAGAAAGACAUGAGAUCAUUAUUAGGACUUUGCAACUUUUAUAGAAAGUUCAUUCCAAAUUAUGCACAGAUAAUUGAACCCCUUGUUGAAUUUACUAAAAAGAAGCAUGGAAACACAAUUUGUAUGGAUGAAAAAAGUAGACUAGCAUUAAGCAACUUAAAAGAUAAAUUUAAUGAGAAACUAGAAUUAGCCAGUAUUGACCCAACAUCAACAAUAUCACUAUACACUGAUGCCUCCAACACUGGUAUUGGGGCAUGCUUACUACAGCAAAGAGAGUCAUUUUUUAAGCCAAUAGUACACAUCAGUAGAACACUAUCUGAAACAGAAAGAAAAUACUCAGUGAUUGAAAAAGAAUUAUUAGCCAUUGUAUGGUCAGUUGUAAAACUCAAGAAUUACUUGUUAGGAAGAUUUUUCAGCAUUAAGUGUGAUCAUAAACCAUUACUGGCACUAAAAAGAAAAGAGCUAAAAAAUGACAGGAUAAACAGAUGGACACUCAUUCUCUCAGAUUACAAAUUUGACUUACAAAGCAUUCCAGGACAUGAAAAUGUAAUAGCUGACUUUUUAUCCAGAUACAUAAUACAUGAAAAUGAAGCAAGUGAUAAUAAUGACAUUAAACACAUCAGCCAGGACAUUCUGAUAGAGUAAAUAAGCAGUAAAAAUCACUUAGAAACAAGUAGAAGUAGUCAACUAAGCAAAUUAACAUUCUACACAUUUUUCAAAUAGGUCAUGACACUUUAUUGUUACACUUUUCUUUUGGGUCAUGAUGACAUUUAUGCUUAUGAUCAAUAACAGAUCAUCUAUUUACUCAUUGUAUUUUAUUGUCAACUUGUAAUAUGACAAAUACCAGAUGUGUUUAUUUUGUGUGUAUAUAUUGUACUUUAUUACUGAUCAUGCACAGCAAUGUAAACAAUGAGAUGUAAACAACAGUGAACUACUUGAACUGUUGACCUAAAUUUUUUUUCAUAACAACUCACAGAUGUAAGUAUUGUCUAAAAUUUUUUACAUACCUGAAUACUACAAUGAAUGUUUAUAAACAUGGAAAUUUGUUUACUAUUGUACUUCAAUACUACACUCAGACUAUUUAUAGUAGUCUUAUGCAAGGUCAACCUUGAACUGGAUUGACAUGUCUCUAAUUUUUUUUAUUUUUCUUGAUGAUGGCAAAACUUAGAAUAAUAUUUUGACACAGCACAUCACAAUUGUAAAUAAACAUUAAUUUUUUUCUGUAAUCAUUUUGAGUAAAUUUACUCAGUGUGUCAAAUGAUACACAUUGAUAAUGUUGUGCAUCUACAAUUAUAGUAAAACAUUGGAUGUGGUAUAACUUAUAUAUUUUUUUCCUUUUUUAUAUUGAUUAGCAUGUGAUUGCAUGUACAAAUUUUUUCAGUACAAAUGUAUGCAUAAAGCUGUUAACACUUGAUGGAGGCCCCUUCAUAUGUUGACCUAACAAAGUCAAAGUUGCCAAGGAGAGUUGAGUAAAUAGAAGCGCAAAAGUUUCAUUUAUUAACUUUUAAAGCAAUAACACAGUUGAAUGUUCAAGUAUCCACCUGACUGAUGAAUGUUCAAGUAUCCACCAGAUAGAUGAAUGUUCAAGUAUCCACCAGACAGUUGAAUGUUCAAGUAUCCACUAGACAGAUGAAUGUUCAAGUAUCCACCAGACAGUUGAAUGUGCAAGUAUCCACUAGACAGAUGAAUGUUCAAGUAUCCACCAUUUCAUUAAUUAUCAUAUUUCUCUUUUAGGAAAAUGUUUCUUUUUCACUUUAUUUUAUUUUGUACCAGUCUAUUAUUUUGUACCAUUAAAAAUUUAUAUUUUAUGUUAGUAAAAAAGAUGUUUGAAAUUUUGUAGCAAAAUUUUUAAAAAAAAUCUCUAUAUAUAUUAAAAUAGUAAUUUACUCAACCUUGGAAUCCUAUCACUGAACUGGGAAAGCUAGCUUUGAUUGUUUUUGUUGUUGUAAAUAUCCAUAUGGAUAGUGUGUAUAUUAUGCAAAGGUUGAUUAUUAGCUGUUAAGGUUGGAAUUUUCCUUUUUUUAAUUUUUUACAUGAUUUCAAUGUUAAAUACCACUGUAGUUGUCUUUCUGAUAAUGAUGCUAUGAUGUGGUCUUGGUAUAUUUUUUCUGUGAUUAGAUGUUGUAACAUAUAGAUAUUGACAAUGUACAAAGUUUAUAUACAACCAAGUUCAUACAUUAAUCUAUUUCACAAUCAUACAAACUAUAAACUGCGUAAAGCUUUUUGUUAUUAUUAAAAAUAUAAACUGUAAAGUAUUGGAUGCUAAAAUGCAUUUGAAUUGAUUCUUCCCGAGCUAUACUUUAUUGCUUCUUCAUUUUGUGUGUGCACAAUCUAUUGAAUUAAUAAUGUAAUUUUUUGUGACAUGAUUUGUGUUGGUCACAUGUAUAAGUCAUUAGUUUCUAUCAUGAUUUUUUAAAAAGUAUUUGUGUAAAACCACAGAGGUUUCAUUAAAUUUGUACUUUAUUAAUUUUUUAUUUUACAUUUUUGUUAAGUUUUAAUUUUACUUACAAGCUGAAUUUGUAUACAUAGCUAUGAUUUGAUUUGAUGGAAUUCUUCUUUUUAUAAAAUUUUACAUGGUCUAAGGUUUUUGAGUUCAUUGAAGCUUUUUUAGUUCAUUGAAGCUUUUUUUCAAAACUGUCUGAAGAGUUGAACUGAAGGCUUGUGAAACAAUAGGCCAGCAAAAAAUAACAAAAGCUUCCUCUCACCAGCCUGACUGAAAUGAUUGUUCUGUCUGGAAGAGAUCCUACUUGGUGUCUGUAUCACACUACUAUUUCCAAUGCUUCAGAAGCUCCAGACACGGGGGCUAGAGAUUGGCAGACUGCUAAGCACACCAAGAACUCCUGCCAUCUUCCUGCUCUUUACCACACUCAACAAUCCCCAUUCCAUUUGUGAAACAGAAUGUUGGGAUUGUUGACAUGGUCAUAAAGACUCUCUUCCCAACCAAGACUAGAGCAAUGCUUUUCCAUUCCUAAUGAAGUCUUGUUUUCUUACUUCCUUGAAGCCUAAUUGUUUUGACCCAGGGGUGGGGGGGGGGGGGCACUAUGUUGUAGACUGGGAUGUUUGCUUUCUGACAGCAUUGUAGAAUAAUUAUAUUGUAAUAAAAUAUUUUUCAAAUAAAAAAAUUAAAUGAAACAAAACCUACAUCUUGGCUAUUAAAAUCCAGGUUAAUACUGCUAUUUGUUAUAUAAUGUAUGUGUCACUGUCAUGAGAUGUAUACAUUGGAUGCUUACAUAAACAUUGGUUUUGUGAAACAUCAGUCAAUUGUAUUUAUGACCCUACUCUAAAUGGCCUAGAAUGUUGAACACAAGAGUACCAGUUCAAUGUUAGAGAAAAUAAUAGUAAGUAGGGGAGACAAUAAAAGAGUUUUAAUAUGUUC